CAACAGCUCGUUGUUGCCUGUGGCGAUGGGACGCUGGCCGUUGUCAAUCACGAGAAGGGGAAACAGGAGGCGUCGGUCCAGACCUCCCAAGACGGAGAUGUUGUCAGCCUUGCGCUGGUGAAAGACGGGGAGCGGCUGCUGACUGGGCACCCGAACGGUGUGAUUGGCGUGUGGAAAUGGGGAGAAUGGGAAGAACCAGUAGACUACAUCAAGAUGCAUCUAGAGUCGGUCAAUGCCAUGGUCCCGCUCGACAGCGAUACAAUCUUGACGGCCAGCGAUGAAGGGCUAGUUCGCCUCCUCAACGUUCAUCCCAACAAGUUGAAAGCUGUGAUCGGAUCGCAUGCAGGAGAC